AUGGGUUGCAAGCAUAGCCAGGCCCAGGCCGCCGUCGCAUCUCGUCCGAAGUGUCUCCGGGAUGGCUGCGCGUUCGCCAAGCACACGCAGCAGCCGCAUGGAUACUGCUGCAACGCGUGCAAGGCGAAUGGUCAACAUGGGCCUUUGUGUGAGCAGCAGGCUUUCUCUAUGGCCGCGUCUACCAAGCAGGUGGUCCCUGCCACUGCGCCCGCAGCACCUGCAGUGCUUACAGGGACUACAGCCGGCGAUCGUGUUUCCCUAACUUGGGCGCCCUCAUUGCUGUUUGGGAAGACAACGAGUCUAGGGAUGGAGCCGUCCCCCGAGCUGAGGGCCACAGAGACGAUGCACAUUGUUGCUCAUAAAGGUGAGCUCUUCGCAGCUUUCGGAAGAUGGAUGGACCCAAAGCUGCAGAAAGGCCAGCAGCCCGCCAACUUCGUUGGGAGGCUCAGCGCUGCCGACGGCCAGUGGGUGCCGGACAUGCACCGUCAGGGCCUCUCCGUGCAUGCCCUGCGAAUCACGUGCUUGAAGAGCAUCUCGUGGACCCGCGACUGUCGUGGGAACGAGCUGAGCCCGGCCGUUCAGCAGCUGACAGCGUGCUACGUCUUGGGCGAGCAUGGCAACAUGAUCAUGUUUCGGGACGAUGGGGACAGCAGCGCGCCCGGGACACAGCACAAGUGGCACGAAACGAACUACACCGGGAAAGUGCCCGGCUUCAAGAACAGUGGAACUGCGCGGGCGGUCGUCGUUUAUCGCGACUCGGUGACUGGCAUCGACCGCAUCUUCGCCCUGCACGGCUGCAAGGGGGUCAUGACUGGGGUGUACGAUCCGCAGAGCUCGGCGCCGGGGCACGUGGUAUGGAACAAAGAGCCCGAGAGGAUGGACUUGUCGCAGGUGGGAAAUGGCAAGGCGACGAGCUUGGAGUUCCGCCCCCUGUCCCUGGUCGUCGCGAAUGGGAAGCUCUUCAUGUCAAGUGCUUCCUGGAUCUUGCAGCGCAUCGACGGCCCGGAGCCCGUUUGGAAGGGCAUCAUCGACAUCGCUAAGGUGCGCCAGGGGGAUGGCCAGCUGAACGAAGCGGUGGGGGGCAUCCGGGGCAUGACCGCAGUGAAGUGCCCGUCCCUACCUGACCGCGAGUCCAUCCUCUUCUGCUGGAACCCGAAUAGCAACUCGGAAUCCUGGAUCCUCCGUGCUGAUCCCGCAGAGGAUGGGUCCCUGAAGCAGCCGGUGGAGGAGACUUCCAUCCGCCGGGUGGCAAAAAGCUACCUGAAGACUGAAGAUUUGUACUAUACCCUGGCUGCUUACAACAACAUGCUUCCUGCCUCGAUGGGAUCGCAGGCCUGCCACUUGAUCGGCUUCGAAAUCUACUUGGGCAGAGCGGCGGCUCCUAUGGGGGGCUUGGACUCUGGGCAAGCGAAGAAUGCUGCGGGCUACUGGGCUGGCGGGGGCAUAGCCGUGCGCGCGGGUCCGGACGACUACUACAUGGUGGAGGUCGGGGGCCGAGGCUCAAAGACAAGCCGGCCUCUAACAGCGGUGCGUUGCUUCGAGCAUUCGCCUUUCCCGAGUGAAGCUGGGGCGAUUUACUUCGGUGGCUAUGACUGCAACAGUAAUCCAUCGGAUAACACUGCAUGGAUUUACAAGAGCAAGCCCGCAUGA